AUGUGGUUCCGCUACAAUCACCGUGAAACAUUUCGGCCUGGAUGGCCACCGCAGACCAAACAAAGUGUCUGCCGAUGAAUCACGGCCGACGUGACGCGCAAUCGUGCGCGGAUAAUUUUCGGAAAACGCGAACGGUAUAAUGCGCAAUGACGAACGGCGAGCCGCGGCGAAACGACCGUGGAGAAUUUUCGCGUCGCCACCGCUAACUAACGGUAAAUCUCUUGGUUGUUGUUGUUGUUGCAGGUCUGCUCAGGCUGCAACAGAUCUAUCAAGGCUUGAAACCGGGCAACGAGUCGUUUCAGGUGGAAACGGUGAAGAGAAUACAAAACAUGUCCGAGGCGAUCGAUUUCCUGCGCAGCUUGGAAGAACUGAACAGAUCACUCAAAUUUUCGUCGAUAUGCCGCUACGGUCACCGAACGAUAAGAAACUCGUUUCAAAUGUUACAGCGAAAUUACAUGAUGCAAAUCCUUUGCAGAUGGAGUAAUAAGUACGUGGUACUCGAUUGUCCCACGGACAUGGCGAAAGAUAUCGUGGUGAGCCACGUGAGGGAUGUUGCACUAGGGAAAAGAACGUACCACUAUUUGUUAAGUGGAUUGAUAAUGGAUGACCGAUGGGAAAGCGAGGUGAUCGAGUACGGCGCCAUCAACAUCACCGGAUUUCGAAUCGUGGAUGCUACACGACCCUACGUCAAAGAUUUCCUGGCUGGUUGGCAUCGUCUCGAUCCGGCCACGUCUCAAGGAGCUGGCCGCGAAUCCAUUUCUGCGCAAGCCGCGCUGAUGUACGACGCCGUAUUCGUUCUCGUCGAGGCGUUCAACAAGUUUCUGAGAAAAAAGCCGGACAGAAGCAACGUGAGGCGAACGGGCAUUUCUGGCAGCAGUCAGAUUACCAACGGCACCAAGGCGCUGGAUUGCAACAGCAGCCCCGGCUGGGUAACGCCGUUUGAGUUUGGCGAUAAAAUUUCAAGGCUACUCAGAAAAGUGGAGAUCGAGGGACUGACGGGGGAGAUUCGCUUUAACGAUGACGGUCGCAGGCACAAUUACACCCUCCAUGUCGUCGAGAUGACGGUCAACAGCGCCAUGGUCAAAGUGGCUGAAUGGACGGACGAGGCUGGAUUCCAAGCCAUCGCAGCGAAAUACAUUCGACUUCGACCGCACGCCGAAAUCGAGAAGAACAAGACCUACAUUGUCACUACCAUUGUGGAGGAGCCGUAUAUCAUGAAGAAAAAGUCAGACACUGGAGAGAUAUUAACUGGCAAUGAUAGUUACGAGGGCUAUUGCAAAGAUCUGGCUGAUCUCAUAGCUAAGAAACUGGGAAUAUCGUGAAGCAGACAUUGCCAUUGCCCCGAUGACAAUCACGUCUGAACGUGAACGAGUGAUCGACUUCAGUAAACCAUUCAUGUCGCUGGGAAUCAGUAUUAUGAUCAAGAAGCCCAUCAAACAGAAACCCGGUGUGUUCAGCUUUCUGAAUCCGCUGAGCAAAGAGAUUUGGGUGUGCGUGGUCUUUUCGUACAUCGGUGUAUCCAUCGUACUUUUUACCGUGUCCAGAUUCUCGCCGUACGAGUGGAGGGUACUGACGCUAAGCAGCGGCGGGGAUCCGACGAUGGCCACGAGGAAUGAUCCCACGCUGCAACAUCCGCACGGAUCGCAGGGAUCGCCGCACAUCCCGACUUCGAGCAUGGCGAACGACUUCAGCAUCAUCAAUAGCCUCUGGUUCGCUCUGGCAGCGUUCAUGCAGCAGGGUUGCGACAUAUCGCCCAGGUCGAUAUCAGGACGAAUAGUCGGCAGUGUCUGGUGGUUCUUCACCCUGAUUCUAAUCUCCUCCUACACCGCUAACUUAGCCGCGUUUCUAACCGUCGAAAGGAUGGUCGCACCGAUUAACUCGCCGGAAGACCUGGCCUCGCAAACGGAAGUGCAAUACGGUACACUAUCUUACGGAUCUACUUGGGACUUUUUUCGAAAAUCGCAGAUUAAUCUCUACAGCAAAAUGUGGGAGUUCAUGAACUCACGGAAGCACGUGUUCGUGAAAACAUACGACGAGGGUAUACGAAGGGUCAGGACAAGCAAAGGGAAAUACGCCCUCUUGAUCGAAAGUCCAAAGAACGAGUAUAUAAACGAGAGGGAACCCUGCGACACGAUGAAAGUCGGUAGGAACCUUGAUGCCAAAGGCUUUGGAGUAGCGACGCCAUUGGGAUCUCCUCUCAAAGAUCCCAUAAACCUGGCGGUGCUGUCGUUGAAGGAAAAUGGGGAAUUGACGAAACUGGUGAACCGAUGGUGGUACGACAGAACAGAAUGCAGACACGGGGACAAACAGGAUGCUUCUAGAAACGAGUUAUCCCUCAGCAACGUAGCAGGGAUAUUCUACAUCCUCAUCGGUGGCCUGCUUUUAGCGUUGGCCGUCGCGCUGCUAGAAUUCUGUUACAAAUCACACACGGAAGCUACCAGAGCGAAGGAAAAAAAAAAAAACAAAGGAAAAAGAAAGAAGAAAACAAACGGAAGCAACAAUAAAUCACAAAGCACGAAAGCUCCUGUCCCGAACCGGCUGGUCAAUCGGUUCGAAACGGUUCGAUCGGCCGACAAACAUCCAAAAGUCUGA